ACUCUGUCAUUAGAUAUCCUAUUCAACCCAGAAUAGCUAUUUGAGCACUUUGAAGCGGAGACAUGACUCCAUCAAUAGACAAUGCUUUAAUAACAAAGCAAAUGCUGCAUGCCGGCAAAAAAUUCAUUCCGUUGAAGGCAGGCACCCGUGUAAAAUUCCAUUUCCAGACGCGUAAGGUCGACGAUGGUUUGUUGCUGGACGACAGCCGUGAAAUGGGCCAACCAAUGGAGUUGGUGCUUGGUAAAAAGUUCAAAUUGGAAGUCUGGGAAGUUAUUGUACAAAAGAUGGCACUCAAUGAAGUUGCCAAAUUUACCGUACACAAAUCGCUGGUUAUCCAAUACCCCUUCAUAUCAAAAACAUUGCGUGAUGUCGCCAAGAACACACAGGAAAGACGCCAUUGCUGUGGAAUGACACUUCAGAACGAAGGUAUUGGUUAUAAAGACCUGGAUGAACUGCUUGCUAAACCAAGUGAUUUGGAAUUCAUCAUCGAAUUAUUCUCAAUUGAGCUGCCAGAGGAGUACGAAAAAGAACGUUGGCAAAUGGACGACGAAGAAAAGAUGAACGCCCAAGCGAUACUGCGUGAAAAGGGCAAUCAAUUAUACAAAGAGAAGAAGUACAAAGAAGCUGAAGAGUGUUACCGCAAGGCUGUAGGCAUGAUUGAACAGCUUAUGACAAAAGAAAAACCGCACGACGAAGAAUGGUUGGCUUUAGCUGCGUUAAAAGUACCUUUACUAUUAAAUUAUGCACAGUGCCGUCUUUUAGAUCUUGAUUAUUAUGCGGUCAUAGAACAUUGCACUGAAGUGCUUGAGUUAGAUAAGAACAACGUUAAGGCGUUGUUCCGACGUGCUAAGGCACAUGCUGGUGCGUGGAAGCCUGUAGAAGCGCGGAAUGAUUUUCUCAAGGCCGCAGAGUUAGAUCCAGGACUAAAAGCCUUAGUAAAUAAAGAGUUACAAGCCAUUGACGCGGAGCAACGUGCACGUGAUGCGGAGGACAAAAAACGACUGCAAAAACUUUUCUAGAAAUUAAGCAUAUGAACUAUACAUAUCUAGAUAUGGUUAUAAUAUUUGUUGCAUAUUGGUGUAAGUUGUUCCUUUGCUCUUGCAUUGACAUGUGUUGAGCCGAAAUAGAACAUCGAGGAAGUUAAUUACAUUUCUCAAGUAGAACAACUCGAAAUAUCACCUAUUUCAAGAUUUCGAGCUUAGCGCAAUAACAACUACUGUUGAUUGUAUAGAAUAAUUAAGACGAAUAGUAAAUUUAGUAACAUAUGAGUUGACGCCCAAGAAGAAAUAUAUAUUUAUAAAUAUGUAUAUACGUGUAUGUAUGUGUAUGAAUUUGUUUUAACAAUGUUUAUUUUACCUUAGUCUAUGUAACUAAUACGAGGAACUAUAAAUAAAUUAAAAUU